UUAAUGAGUACUGGCAUGGACAAUUGCAAGAUAAUGCUUGCCAAUAAGGAGGUACAGGACUUGUGGAAAAAUAAAAUACAUUUUGACGUUGCUGUUGUUGAACAGUUUAACAGUGAUUGUGCAUUAGGGCUCGCUUAUAAAUUAGGAACACCAGUGGUCGGCACAAACUCGCACGUUCUUAUGCCUUACCACUACGAAAGAUUCGGCAUACAUUACAAUCCCUCGUAUAUGACAUUCCAAUUCUUGGAAGGCGGAACGAAACCUACACUGUUCCAACGUAUUGAAAGAACAAUAUUCCAUCACUACUAUAAUUUUAUUUUCGAAUACCUUUCUCAAAGAACCAAUCAAAAUACGCUGGCGCAAUACUUCGAUGACAUUCCACCUUUAAACGAAUUAGCUCGUGAAAUCAAAAUAAUGCUUUUCUAUCAUAACUUUGUGCUAUCCGGUCCUAAUAUUUUACCUUCAAAUGUAAAAGAAGUCGGGGGCUACCACGUUGCUCAACCCAAGGAACUCCGUCCGGAUGUCAAAAAGUUUAUCGAGGAAUCUGAGCACGGCAUUAUUUAUAUUAGUUUUGGAUCGAUGCUAAAAGCUGCGGCUACUUCAUUAGAUAAAAUCGAGGCUAUAUUGGGUGCUGUCGCUGAAUUACCUCAGAGAGUGAUAUGGAAAUGGGAGGAAGGAACACUACCCGGCAACCCUAAGAAUAUUUUCAUAUCAAACUGGCUUCCUCAAAACGAUAUUUUAGCCCAUCCGAAAGUACUAGCUUUCUAUUCGCAUUGCGGUCAGCUAGGGACCACGGAGGCUAUCUAUCAUGGAGUUCCCGUUGUGGGAAUGCCGGUCUUCGGGGACCAGCCUGCAAAUGCGGCGGCAGUUGAAGAGAGUGGUUUAGGUGUCCAAAUACAAAUCGAAGAUUUGACUAAAGAGAACCUCUUAGGGAAACUAAGAACCGUUUUGAAUCCAGAGUUUAGAAAAAGGGUGAAAUUUAUAUCGAAAGCGUGGAACGACCGUCCCGUAAAAGCAAUGGAUAGUGCAAUUUUCUGGACAGAGUUCGCAGCCAAAUAUAGUAAUAUUACGUUUCGGAGUAGAUCUGUCGAUGUACCAUUGUACCAAUACUUGUAUCUUGACGUUAUUGCUGUACUCGGCAGCAUAAGCGUCAUUAGCGUAUUCGUUGUAUUCAAAUUAUUAGUUCGGUUAUGUACCAGUAAGAGGGAAAACGAUAAAAAAAAUAAACUGAAAAGAAACGUUACACUUGAACUUUUGUUGGUUAUCUUUUGUUUGCAUAAAACUGAAGUGUGUUCAUUGAAUAUUUUGGGCCUGUUCCCGUAUCCUGGGAAAAGUCACUUCUUUGUAUUUCGUCCAUAUUUGGAAGAAUUGGCCAAAAGGGGCCAUAACGUGACUGUUGUAUCGCAUUUUCCGCAGAGAGUGCCUCACCAAAAUUAUCAUGACAUUAGUUUGGCGGGAAAAACGAAAAUUUUAGAAGACGUCUUCCCAUUGAAAAGAUCUUAUUGGACUGUAAUUAAUGUUUUGUAUUUUAUUCUCGAAAAAGGAAAUAGUGACUGCAAAACAUUAUUAAAUCAUGAAGAUGUCCAAGAACUGUGGAAAACUAAACAGCAUUUUGACCUUGUGGUUACGGAACAAUUUGUGAGUGACUGUAGUUUGGGUCUUGCCUAUAAGUUGGGGGCUCCAGCAAUCGGGAUCAACUCACACGUGAUUGUGCCUUGGCAGUACGAGCGUUUGGGUAUCCAGUACCAUCCUGCUUACGUACCAUUCCUGUUCUUGGAAGGCGGAUCCAAACCGUCACUGUACCAGAGAUUUGAAAGGACCAUUCUUCACAAUUAUUUUAAUUACCUAUACAAAUAUAAAUAUCAACCGAUCGACGAAGAGACACUCGCUGAAUAUUUUGAUGAUAUUCCGCCUUUGGAUUAUUUGGCUCGAGAAAUGAAAUUGUUACUUUUAUAUCACAAUUUUGUAUUAUACGGGUCUAGCUUGCUACCUUCGAACGUUAUUGAAGUGGGAGGAUAUCAUGUAGCGAAACCACAGGAAUUACCUCAAGAUUUGAAAAGAUUUAUUGAGGAAUCCGAACAUGGUGUAAUCUAUAUUAGUUUUGGAUCAAUGUUACGUGCCAGUUCCACUCCGCGUGAUAAGCUUGAGGCUAUAAUUGGUGCUCUGUCGGAGUUACCACAAAGGGUUAUAUGGAAAUGGGAUGAAGCAUCGUUACCUGGAAACCCGAAGAAUAUACUGCUUUCAAAAUGGCUACCGCAAAACGAUAUCUUAGCUCAUACGAAAGUGCUGGCGUUUUUCUCUCACUGUGGACUACUGGGUACCACAGAAGCUAUUUACCAUGGUGUACCCGUGAUCGGCAUGCCUGUCUUUGGGGACCAACCUGGGAAUGCCGCUGCUAUCGAAGAAAGUGGCCUUGGACUCCAAAUUCAAAUCACUGAACUUAGCAAAGAUGUUCUGCUAGAAAAAUUCCGGACCAUUUUAAACCCUGAAUUCAGGAAGAAAGUGAAAUUUAUAUCUAUGGCCUGGAAAGAUCGUCCUAUCUCAGCUAUGGAUAACGCCAUUUUCUGGACGGAAUUUGCAGCCAAGUAUAGCAAUAUCACGUUUCGAAGUAGAUCAGCUGAUGUACCAUUACACCAAUAUUUGUAUUUAGACGUGUUUGUUGUCUUUACGGCUAUCGUUAUAUGUAUUGGUUUUCUAGUUAAUUACAUUAUAACAUUGUUACUAGGUCGUCUUGCAAAGAAAUUCAAACAAAACUAG